AAACUUAACCUAACGCUGAGAAAAGAGUUCCGUUCCUGUGCUGUGGAGGAAGAACGAAGACGGCUAACAUGAAAGAGGUAACUACAAGCAGAAACAGGAAGAGGAAGAGGCAACGAAAUAGUAAAGAAGAGCCUUGCGAGUCACCCAAGAAUAAAAACAACGACAAAAAAAUGCAAAGAGAUACCAAAAACGAUGGAGGAUCUUCAGCUCUGUCGAAACGACCUAAACCUUCCAACUUUCUCGACACGCUUCGAGAGAAACUAUCAGGUGGGAACUUCAGGAGGCUCAAUGAGAAGCUCUACACUUGCUCUGGAAAAGAAGCUUUAGACUAUUUUAAUGAAGAUCCAACCUUGUUUGAUAUGUAUCAUACAGGUUAUCAGCAACAAAUGACAAACUGGCCUGAGCUUCCUGUUAACUCCAUUAUCAAUUGGUUAUCGUCUAAAAGCUCUUCUUUAGUUGUCGCUGAUUUUGGCUGUGGUGAUGCAAGGAUUGCAAAGAGUGUGAAGAACAAAGUUUUCUCCUUUGAUCUUGUCUCAAAGGACCCAUCUGUUAUUGCCUGCGAUAUGUCUAAUACUCCACUUGAGUCUUCAUCAGUAGAUGUUGCUGUUUUCUGUCUUUCAUUAAUGGGAACAAACUAUUCUAGUUUCAUCAAAGAGGCACAUCGUGUUCUUCGUCCAAGACAUUCCUUGGGUGUGUUCAACAGUGGUUGGCUUCUUAUAGCGGAAGUCAAAAGCAGGUUUGAUCCAAACAAUGGAGGCGCAGAUCCAAAAGACUUUGUGAAAGCAGUUUCUGACCUUGGAUUUACCUCGUCUUUAAAGGACUUCUCGAACAAGAUGUUCAUCUUACUGCAUUUUAAGAAGAAGGAGAAGCCGAAUUCAAAUAAGAAGAAAAUCGAGUGGCCUGAGUUGAAAGCAUGUUUAUAUAAACGUCGAUGAUGGGUUUAUAUGCUGCAAGAUCACACACACUAAGAGUAUGUUUCAGUCACUUUCUGCUGGGUUUAUAUGAUGGAGGGUCACACUAAGAGUGUCUCUCCAAUGUUGUUAUUAUCUAGACAUUAGUGUUUCACCGUUCUUUAUGAAGUUUUGUAAGAGUGAAUCAGUCACAUUGGUCUUUGAAUUAAAAAUGUUUUAGAAUUUUGUUA